AUGGCAGAACCUGAGGAAACAAACCCAGUCAUCUGGCCGACAAAUGCUCGCCACUAUCGGCCUAUGCUGGACAAUGGCCUCCAUCUCCAGCGAGGCUUUGACGUCUUCGGCAAGAAUUUGUUGUCCGAUGACACUCUUAUUACUGUUCUUGAGGUUGCUGGCAAAGGCGAAGGCAGCAGUGAAUCAAUCCGAGGUCUACUCCUACUCGCUCAUCUCAUCUGUGCGUACCUAGAGUUGGUCGAACAAACUUGGCAUAAGGAGAAUUUUGAAGCCGGCUUAGCAAAACUUCAUCAGGCCAAGGACAAAGACAUGUUCUGCUUGAUCAACAAAUUCCUGGUUCCAGCCCCGAAUACGCCCAUCCGGAAUGAUGCGAACAGGCUCCAGAUCGGGAAGAGCGAGUUGACAAGACUAUUUGCUAAGCUCGAAAUCCCUUAUUCCUUUGCCCUGUGCCUCACACAGUUGCACCUGCCUUACGGAAAUGGCUCUUCCACUGCAUAUAAAGGUACGCACACGCACGGCAAGGUCAGGGCCAGCUACCACGAUACUUGGUACAUACUGCCAGUUCGGGUGCAAUACAAAUGCAGUGACCGGCGUCAGAACCACGCCACCAGUAAUGCGAGGAACAAUCAGAUGGACCCGCUCCAUUUCCUGCACCUCCAAGAUGUGGGCGUCGACAUCCGCAGCUCUCACAUCGCCAUUCUCUCGAGACAUUACCUGGAGGAAGGUGGUCAGAUGACGCUGGUUUUCAACUUCAUGGAUGGCCGCUGGAGCCACGCUGCUGAUGAACCUAGAAAACGAUUGCAUGAAAUCCAUGAAUGGUCCACGCGUGGAGAUGGAGACUUGGAUCCGAAUUCAGUGAAGCAUCAUCCUCUCAACGCUCACUUCAUAUAUUUCACGAGUGCCAUGCGGUGGUGGACAAAUGCCCUGAGCAGCGUCAAUGAACAAUUAAUCGCCUACGAAACCUUGCUUCAAAAUGAGAUCGACGGUGACAUUGACACUCAGGCUACAGAUACCUACUCGCUGGUCAACCAGGCUUUACACGCCAUUGCGGCACAUCUGCAGCGGUACAAUUCAGAGCUGUCGUCUGUACGAGACACAUUGCACGCACUUCAGGAUUACGAGAAGCGAUGCAGAGAUUCAUGUGAAAUGAAUUCAUCAUCGGAUUCCACGGCCACGACCCAUACUGAUUUUGAUACUUCAUCUACGUUUGGCCAAUUGACCACGCACCUAAUGCAAGUGCACACUUUUCAGCACGAACUUUCCGACAAGCUUCAAAAUAUCCUGGCACUGCUUUUCAAUCGCAUCAGCAUCGCAAACGACCGGAUGAUGGUGAUGAACGGAGCAAAGAUGCAUGCUAUUCUUGUUGCCACACAAGAGGAUGCCAAAAUCUCGCGGCAAAUCGCGCUUCAAUCACAAGAGCUGUCAAGGGCUAUGAAGAGGGACAGCGUAGCCAUGAAGACAGCUCUAUUGGCCAUGCCUUUCUUCCAGCAGAGCACCUAUCUCUCUCAUGCUUCUAAAUUCUGGAUCUGGGUGUGA